AAUAUGACACAAUACAAUUAUUCUCACCUACCUACUAUAUUGAAACUAACAAAAAUUCUAUUCUUACCAAAACUGUCCGAUUCUGCAAAUCCCAGUUUACUUACAGAUACACUGUAUGCUUUAAUCUUUAUAAAGGUAUGAGAUUUCUUUCUUUUUGUGCGUGUGAAUUGUGAUUGCUGAGAGAACAGGGGAGGAGAAUGAAGUUGAUGGAGGUAUUAAAAGUAGUUGUGGUGGUGGCUAUGGUGAUGAUGAUGGCGGUGGAAGCAAUAUGGCUAGAAUUGCCGAAUUCAGAGACUAAGUGUGUAUAUGAGGAUAUCCGUAAUAAUGUUGUUGUUUUGGGUGAAUAUAUUGUCAUCCAUGCUGAUGAGGAGCACGUUCAAGCUAAUUUUAUUCCAACUAUCUCUGUUCGGGUUACAUCACCAUUUGGAAACAGCCUCCACCAUGAAGAAAACGCCACUUAUGGUCGAUUUGCUUUUACAACGUCUGAGCAUGGAAACUAUUUGGCGUGCUUUCGGAUGAAUAGCCACGUCCCCGGUAAUAAAAAUGCAGCUAUUUCUCUUCAGUGGAAAAUUGGAAUUGAUGCCAGGGAUUGGGAUUCAAUUGCUCGGAAAGAAAAGAUAGAAGGCGUUGAACUUGAGUUGAUGAAAUUGAAAGGGUUGGCGCAAGCCGUCCAUGAAAACUUACUGUACCUGAAAAAGAGGGAAGAAGAAAUGAGAGGAGUGAGUGAGAGAACGAAUGGAGCAGUGGCAUGGUUCAGUAUGAUGUCCCUUAGUAUCUGCAUAAUGGCUGCAGCAGUGCAAAUAUGGUAUUUGAAGCGCUACUUUAGGAAGAAAACGCUCAUAUAGUUUUUCUUCUUGUGGCCGUAGGUUACAUACAGGUAAAAUCAUAAAAUAUCAACACAAAUAUUUUCCCUUUGUACCAAAAGAGUAUCGGAAUUACAGAACAGUUUCUGUAAUUCCGAGAUUGACCGGAGUUGGAGAAUCUAAGUAAGCAGUAAUGGCAGAAAUCGCUUGAGUUUUCUAUGUCAACAAUAUCUUUAAGCCGUAUGAUUGAAUUAGUUGGAGAAAUGACAAUAGUUGAAUUGUAAUCUCCCCUCAAAUUUAGCUUUCUAACAGUAAUUUUUGUUGUGGUUUCAGAUA